AUGUCGAAAUGUUACAUCCAUGGGUACAUUACAGGCAUUAGAACUUUAUCAGGAACCUCAGGAACCAGGGCACAUCGAAGCUAUAUACCUCUGUUGGUGAUAAAUCUGGUCAGAAUAUUAGGGGAAGAAGAUAUUCAAGAGACUGCUGGUGCUUUUCCUUCAUCCAUGUAUAGUAUAUCAGUAAUAGGAAAUCGACAACCUCAAAAUACGAUUCGACAUCAGAGUAUCCAGAUCAACUCUAACAUUAGAAUGAACAUUUCCGACUUUUUUCAAAGCUUAAAACAACAUGUAGACCGUGAGAACGGAACCAAAGUUGCAGAACUCUUGACUAUAAGAGCUCCAUUUAUGCAAACAUUGGCCAGUCACUGUGAAAAAUUCUCCGUUAGAAAAUUGGAAACCGAUGCAAAAAGAAUACUUGAACAGCCAUGGAAUGAGCUAAUUCUUUUGUAUAUCAAAGUGAUCACGUCCAUCAGCAAAAGAAAGUAUGCGGAAGCUUUUGAGGAACACCUCUUAUUGGUCCAAGCUUUCCAUAAAACCAAUUCUUCACGAUGGUCCUUGCCGAUAUUAUACGUCAUUGAUUUCGAUUUGCGACUACUUGCGAUCAAGUCUGACUUGAUUUUCAUGAUGGCCGAGAAACCACCAAAAAAUUUAGAAAUAGCUGCUCGAACGAUAAACAGAACAUUUUCUAUUUGUAUAACAGACAGAUCUCCACUCGCCACAUCACGUAAAUGGGGGACCUAUUACUUCGCGGGACUCUUAUUUAAAACUUAUUUUAAGUUGAAACAACAAAAUCUCUGCAAAAACGUCAUGAGGUCUAUUAAAGCAGCAUCUGCGGAUUUGCCCGGUUUUGAGAAAUUCCCUAAAGCACACAAAGUGACCUUUCUUUAUUAUCAUGGAUUGCAACUAUUUUUAGAUGCAGAAUAUUCUUCGGCCGAAGAAAAAUUAGUUGUGGCAUUUAGAAUGUGUCCUAAAAACAGUAAAAAAAACAAGGAGUUAAUUCUUCGUUAUCUUAUACCGAUUUGGUUGAUCAGAGGUGUUUUACCAUCAAGGGAGAUCCUUUCUCGAUAUCCUAGAUUAAACAAAUUAUAUAAGCCGUUCGUUGAUGCUAUUCGAGAUGGCAAUGUUAAAAAUUUUGAUGAUGCACUAGCAAAGAAUGAGAUGAAACUGGUCUCUCAGAAUACCUUUUUGACGGUUGAACUAGCAAGAGAAAUAGCGAUGAGGGUAUUGUUCAAGAAAGUUUACCUAAUUAAUAAUCGUGAAUCAAAAAUACCCUUAUCGAAAUUUCAUGCUGCCUUGAAUUAUGUGGGCCGAGAGGUUGAGAUGUCGGAAGUCAUGUGGUUCAUAGCGUCAAUGAUUCAAAAAGGUUUGAUUAGAGGUCACUUACAAUACUCAACACAAUUCCUGGUAUUGAGUACAAAAAACGCGUUUCCGUGGUUUGGUUGA